AUGACAGUUCAAAGAAAUACUCUAGAAAACAGAACACUCCCUGGAAACAGAAAUACUCCUACUACAAUCUCAUCUGUCAUUGGAAACCAAAUGGCUAAACGCUUAGCUCGAGUUACUUUUAUUCAGAGACAACGUUUACAAAUCUGCAUUGAGUACUUCAAUGAACCCAAAAAAAACCAAGAGUACAUGCGCCAUUGGGCAAAGAGAGAGUUCAGUCUCUCUCAAUUGUCUUUGCAAUCAACAAUUAGCAAGAUUGUGAGCAAACAUGAAAAGCUGGCUCAAAUGCCUGAUAAAGACCUUGACUCAAGCAGCAGUAAAGAGGCUAAAUAUCCAUGUCUCGAAGAAAAAUCAUAG